CGGCUCCCUCUUCAAAAUUUCCGAUUUCGUCGCUGUUGAUUUCCCUUUUCUCAUCUCCAUUUAUGUUUCCUACUGCUUCCCUCUUACUCCAUGCUUCACCUCCGCCUCCUCCAUUUUUGAGAGUUGCACAAUGAUAAUCUCUUUUCAAUUAAUGAUAAACUUAAAUGGCUGCAAGGCUCAUGCCGUCAACUCUUGUGAAGAAGUUUCUCAAAGGCAUUAUACGAAAUUCAUGCUUAUCUCCAGUUCUCAGUGGUAUUCAUGUUGAUACUUUCCUGGAAAAUAUGCAGAACUGUUCAAGGUCAAAACAAAGUACUCAAUUCUUGAGUGAUAAGUCUGUCUCGAACAGCUCAGUCAAAGGUUUGGAUAAUGAUAAGUACUUGAACUCAGAGGUAGAAAUCUUCAAAUGUCUGGCUAUCCAGAAGGGAUUUUUCCAGACUGUCCAAACAUAUUACGAGACCAUUCUCAAGCUGGGUUUGGAUGGGGACAUUGAGGAAAUGGAGAGGACUUGUCGAGAUCUCGUGAAAGAUGGGUGUUCGGGUGUAGAGGAAGUUAUUGUCACUUUGGUUAAUGCCUUUGUUAGACGUGGUAGAACCAGAGAAGCACUCGGGGUACUUUCUCACAUAAAUUUGGUUGGUUUAAAGCCUUCAAUAGAGACAUUUAAUGUUGUAUUGGCUGUUUUUGUUGAGGAGAAUAGAGACAUUCAGGAAGUGUUAUUUGUUUACAAGGAAAUGGUGAAAGCUGGCAUUGUACCAAAUGUUGACACGUUGAACUUUCUGUUAGCUGCAUUGUUUCAUGCUGAACAAAUUAAGACAGCCAUGAACCAGUUUAGGAGAAUGAGCAAGAAAGGAUGCAGUCCUAACAGUAAAACAUUUGAGGUUCUCUUAAAUGGUUUAAUUACAAAAAAUCUAGUGGAUGAAGCUGUUUUAGUUUUGGGUAUAAUGUACAAAAUUAGGUGCAAACUUGAUUUGAGCUUUUAUACAUAUGCAAUAUCUUUAUUUUGUAGGGAAGAUAGAAUAGAUGUUGGAAGCUGGUUGUUUAGAAUGAUGAAGGCUUCCAAUAUUGUACCAAUUGCCUUCAUUUAUAGUACUCUAAUACAAAGUUUGUGCAAAAACCUUUCAUUAGAUGAGGCAUUAUUCCUGCUUGAAGAGAUGGUUGAAAGUGGUCUGAUGCCUGAAGAAAAUGUGUAUGUAAGUAUUAUAAAAGUUUUUUUUGAGCUUGGGAAAACAGAUGAGGCUAUAAAGUUUGUGGAAGAUAGAUGUGCUUUUUACACUUCUCCUCACAAUGCGUUGCUUGAAGGUUGCUCCAAUGCUGGAAAGAUUUUAUUAGCAAAUUGUAUCCUAGUGAAAAUGUCAAAAAUGAAUAUUGAUGAUUGCAAAUCUUGGAACAUAGUUAUUGGAUGGUUGUGCAACAAUGCAAGAAUUGGAAGCGCUUUUGAAUUCCUUAGUAAAAUGAUUGUGUCGUCAUUUGUUCCUAACGAAGACACAUAUGCAGCUCUCAUAGUUGGAAACUGUAAAUCCAGGAGGUAUGAGGCUGCAUUACAGUUAAUGAAUGAGGUACAUGCUAGAUGUUGGAUUCUGAAUGCUGGAUGUUACUCUGAGCUUAUAGAAGGCCUUUGCCAAGCCCAUAGGACUCUUGAGGCUGCAGAAGUUUUUUGCUACAUGUCUAAAAAUAGAUACCCUCUUCAUCCGUCUGUAUUUGAUAUGUUGGUCAAGGGGAUGUGUGAUUUAGGACACGUUGAUGAAGCAUUAGUGCUGCUACAGUUGGCAUGUUAUGCUGGUACUUCUUGUAAAACUUUGACUUAUGCUUCUAUAAUGCAUGAGUUGUCUAAAUCUAACAAGGUAGAGUUUGUCUUACUAGUCUUAUCACAGAUGCUGGUGUUGGGUUAUAGCCUUAAUAUGGAGACAUACUACAUUCUCAUACGUAGUUUUAGUGCCAUGAAUCGAGUAAAGGAGUCUAUAUUGCUUUUCAACCGAAUGAUCAAUGAGGGUCUUCUACCCGAUUCAGAAGGACUUUAUGAUUUAUUUUUAUGUAUAGCCAACCAUUCUCAGCUGCAUAUGAUUUCAACUACAAUUGAUAAACUGAUUACUCAUACUGACCUUGUAAAUACUGCAACUUACAACUUACUUAUCAAUGGGUUAUGGAAAGAGGACAGAAAGUACGAAGCAUGUAAAUUGUUGGACUCAAUGUUGGAAAAGGGGUGGGUACCGGAUGCUAUGACUCAUGGAUUGCUGAUUGGCUCUCUAUUUCAAGAGAAGACUGGGGAUAGGGUAAUUAAUGAGAAUUCCACCAUUGAAGAUAACAUAAGCAGCAUACUAGUCGAGGGCCUAGGGAAUUCAUGACAACCAACUUUCACAGCAUGCCAUUUGAUCCAUCAAUGGUUCAUGACCUGGGCAUACGUGACCAUGUUGUUUCACGACAUUCCAUCUGAUCAGUUGAUGUUUACAUAUAAUGUUUAAUGCUGUUCCUUGAUUUUUGACCAUUUUCUCAAGCUUUCUCCUUGACACUAAUCCCCCUAAUAAAUGAGCUAUGUCAAAUGAGGAAAUGGAAAAAUAGUUGACAAGUGGAGGGGAGAGUUAUCAAGACAAAGGAUUGUGAUCUCAUACUGCCAAAUCCUUUUUCUGUUAGCAGCAACAGCAAGAACAGUUUUGGAUUAAAAGAGAACAAGGAGAGAGAAGCUAUAGAGCAAGUUGAAGUAAUAUGACCCCGUGACAUGGGAAUUUCAUCUACCUGCUAGGAUAUGCAUUGAGGGAAGUCAGGUAGCAAAAGCGGAGUGUUCAGGGAAAAGCCACCAACACCAGGAAUUGGUUCACUUGGUGUUUUCUUUCUGAGGAAAAAUUUGGAUCAUCUCUUGAAGAAAGCACAGAUUUUCAUUUAAGGAACCACACUGUGAUUAGUACAAUCAAAUCAACAGAUACUGUGAUUGAAAAGAAACAGUAAUUCCAAAGAUAAAAGACACUUUGGAGAUUGCCAAAUUAGGAUUCUUUUUCAAAUUUGUUUCGAAAUUACGAUUCUUUUUUCCCCUUCAAUUAAUGUCAGAUUUGAGUAUGUUCAUCAAUUUUGUCCGGAUGAUCCUUCGAAAAAAGGAUGAAAGUUCUUCUCUGUGGAUCCUUCCUACUCCUGUUUAGUCCCCUUUGCUUUUGUACUCUUGAAUGGCAAAAAUGAAAAAUCAGUUUUCCUUAUUCAGAUA